GUUGAAUGUGGCGCCAUCAGUGACGGAAAUCACUCGACGAGGACGUCUUCGUCUUCGCCACGGGGAGCGAAAUAUCAUUUCUCUCCUGAACAUAUUUAAGGGUGGGUCCAACGCAUUUUUAACGGAACUAUUCUGCAUGCGGUGUGUAGCUUUCUCGGCGUGUGAAUAGGGCGUACCCUGGACGUUGGAAAAAGAGUAGAAAAAUUCAAGAGUGUUUUUUAUCAUUGUAUAAAGAAUUGUACAUGGGAUAUUUGGAACUCCAGGAUUAUCCUCGAGGAAAAAAAAACCGGCUCGUACAUGGAUGAAUAAUAAUAUCCUCAAUCGAAAUACCUCCCUUUCCCCUGUACCCCGUAUCCAUUUCGUCCCUCUUUCCCCAUAACGGCUCCCCCAUAAAGUCCACAGCAGUUCAUGGCUGCUGCUGCUGCUGCUUUGUAGAGAGGGGGAAAAACAAGCGGCCCUGUCUGCUUGAAAUUGGAGUACUUUAUGAAGGAAUAUGUCAAGUUUAAAAAUCGUGUUGGUAACGCACUUGUUUGCCGAUGGAUCCUGAAUCAAGAAAUCAGAAGGUGUAGGAAGAUUAAAUACAAAAAGCAAAAUAAUGAAUGCCGGGUGCACUCGUGCUGUCGACACAACACAAGCAGAUUUACAAUUCUUUCAAGUAGUACGUGAGUAGCGGAACUCACACCACUCUCAGUCGUAUAAACCUUCCUGUUUUCGCACAUGGCAGCCAUGAAGCAUGGUAAAACGAGUCAAGACGACGUGUGUUACGUUGUCGCCAAAUACGAUUACGAAGCUCAGGGUGCACAGGAGUUGGACCUUCGUAAAAAUGAGAGAUACCUUUUGCUGGACGACUCGAAGCAUUGGUGGCGAGUACAGAGUGCAAGAGGUCAAGCGGGCUACGUGCCGAGUAAUUACGUGAAAAAGGAGAAACCCUCAAUAUUCGAUAGUAUCAAGAAAAAGGUUAAAAAAGGUUCCGGUUCAAAGACAUUGCCCUCAAGUAAUUCACCGUCCCGUGCUGUUGAAUCGCCAAUAAUGGCAAGGCGAUUGCCGGCAGAUCCUAGUGAAGCAAUUGGCACCGCUGUCGUUAAAUACAAUUAUCAAGCGCAACAAGCCGAUGAACUUUCUUUAGUGAAGGGAACGCGAAUUUUAAUUCUCGAAAAGAGUAACGAUGGCUGGUGGCGAGGGCAAAGUGGCAAUCAAGCUGGAUGGUUCCCAUCGAAUUACACGCAGGAGGAGGGCGACGCCGACGAUACGUUACACACAUACGCAAUGGCCGAGAAUGUUCUCGAUAUUGUUGUCGCCUUAUAUUCAUUCUCGUCGAAUAACGAUCAGGAACUCUCAUUUGAGAAGGGCGACAGACUUGAGAUUUUAGAUCGUCCACCUGCCGAUCCAGAAUGGUAUAAGGCGAGAAAUGGCCAUGGACAAAUUGGUCUUGUUCCACGUAAUUACCUCCAGGAACUCAGUGAAUAUCUCACGCAGCCAUAUCGCGAACGGGGAAUGCAGAGCAAUGAAAUGGGAGUCGGCGACUCUUUGGAAAGAAGGCCUGAUCCUGGUGACAGGCCACAUCUCGUUGGAAAACCUUGGUACUAUGGGAGAAUCACUCGUUUGCAAUGUGACUCGCUUCUCAAUCAACAUGGACACGAUGGCGAUUUUUUGAUACGAGACAGCGAAACCAAUAUGGGAGACUAUUCGGUAUCUCUAAAGGCACCGGGACGGAAUAAACAUUUUAGGGUACAUGUCGAGGGCGCUUUGUAUUGUAUCGGACAGAGGAAAUUCCACACGCUGGAUCAGCUUGUCGAUCACUAUCAGCGGGCUCCAAUUUACACGAAUAAACAAGGCGAAAAAUUAUAUCUGGUGCGGCCUCUGCCAAAGGGCAAUCCCAGUAGUAACGGCUGUUAGGUUAAUAAUCUCAUUUAAACUAAUAAUUUGUCCUCAGCAAUGAUUCGAGCGCUUUAGGAUAAUCGUGAAAAGCGAUGCCUCUGCCUAGUAUAAUAUCGAUAUCAUCUCGUACAUUUAUACAAUAACGAUUAACACAUAAUUGGUCAAGUCGUAAUAAUAGUGUGUUUUUUCACGAUAAUUUUUCUCCUCCCUUUCUCUCUCUCUCUACCAAUUUCCCUUCUCUCUCCCCCCCUCCCCAAUAAUUUAUUACUCUAAGUAAUAACAAAAAUAACUCAUCGACGCUUCCGAACAAAUUAGCGAAAAAUAAAAAAAAUUGUCAACUAGGAUUUUUUCUUUUUUGUACUUUUUAAUCUUUUUUUUUUAAAUUUAUACUCAUAGAACCGCGUCAAACUCCAUAUUUAUAUACCAAAAUUUUUAACAGCAAUGACGCGAGAAAAAAAACACAUUUUUACAAUUUAUUACUCGUAAAAUACACAAUAAUCUAGCCUUCAAGUAUAACGAACAAGUAAUUAUAGUUGUAAUAUGCAAGUAUGAUGAUCGAUCUACCAGUAAUAAGUUAAAUAAAAAAACAAAGACUAAGUGUUCAUUUGUGAUUUUGUAUUUAUUAGAAAGUUUCUAAGCGAAUAAAACGUAUUUAAGUGUGCACUAUUA